AUGCAUAGUUGAUUAGCAGCAGAUUAGACAUUAGCUUUUCAAAGUUCCUUGACAUACCUCGAGCCUCGCGUGAUGCUCGAGGACAUCUAGUUGCAUUAAUUUCGCGAAACACACAGUGUCGGUGAGAGCGCAUCGAAGGGAUCACAGUUUCCAGUGCUGCGCGCCAAGACAUUUUGCGCGCGUACUGGCGUACUGAGUACUGCGUGUGUUUGUGUUUGCGUUGUGCGAGUGUCACCCCGCAAUAAUGCCGCGCUGCUGUUGCGUGCCGCUGUGCAGGUCAAACGCCAAGAAAACGCCGCACUGUCGGCUUCCACGAGUUUCCGGUGGACGUGAAACGUCGCGAAGCGUGGCUUCGCAACAUUUCCAGGGACGGGCACGGCGGUAGAGGUACGAAGUGGAUGCCGAGUGACACCUCUCUAGUCUGUUCCCAACACUUCAGGCAACAGGACUACAAGGCGGACGCCAAGAUUAGGAUACUGUUACCGAACGCCGUGCCCACGGUGUUUCCGCCCUAUCCGGGCAAGAAAGCCGUCGCGACGGCCAGAAAGCGAUUGCAACCGGAACAAACCCGGAAUCACAGCAAGCAGGUGAAACGGGCUAGCGACGUAGCUUCGCUGAAGUACACCGCCAACCAGAACGGCAUGCUUCAGGCCUGCGGUACAUCUAACCGGGCUGCCGCGCAGCAAGCGGUCGAAAACGGCGACGGAAGCGUCAAAGACGAGUCGUGUCAGACGCCUUUCGGGUUUGACGCGAACGAAACGACGCGACGCCUCCGAGCGAAAGUCGCCCACCUUCAGGAAGUAACGCGGAGGCUGCAGUGCAAGCUCGACGAAGCCGAAGAGAGAGCUGAGUUCUACGAGAACAACAAGGACAUUGACUGUUUCAUGAAGGUCAUUGACGCCGCCGCCCUCGGUGACGAGACGGCGGAGUUCAUUGUCAACGAGGUGUACAGUUUUCACGAAGACACCAAACUAAUAUGACACCGUUCUCUGAAUACUUGCGACUUUGGUAGUGCCUGUGCGUGCGAGGGGCAGGAAUUAGUUUUAAGCUGUCACGCCCUGCCAGUGUCACAAAGAUAUGCCGGGCCACUACAAGAGUCGCCUUACUAAUAAAAGAGCAUCUGUGCGACGUUCAAAAAAAAAAAAAAGAUCACGUCAUUGUUGACGAGGCAACUACUGCAGGAAAGCGAUGAGUGGCUAACAGGAGCAAGAUAUUCUGUCUUGAGAUGUACAAGACAGCUUCAGUCCCACAAGCGACUUGCCAUUCAUAUUGAGCAGCUUGCCAGUGACACACAUGAUGCAGUUUUAUGCCUGAAGAACUAUUGAAUGUUUUCUUACAAUGAAAGUGUUGAGAGCAAUUUAUGGCAGGCAUGUUGACAGUAACCCGACUUUCAAACCUUGAAACAAACUUUGCACCUCUCUAAUGCUUCAACGAGCUCAACACUGCACCCGUGCAAAACAACAACAUUGUGUUCCUUUACUUUUUUUUAAUUUAAUGUGGUACAAGGAUGACAGAACAAAUUUUCUUGAAAGAAAGUUGAUGGAUGGUCGAGAAGCGAUUUGAGAAGUGUUGUGGUGCGAGAAGCAGCAUAGAUGUGGACUCAUUUACACGUUGCAGCGGAAGCGUACCUAAUGCGGCCCUUUUGUGGAUUCCGGUGACUUUUUGAUGAUGAAUGUGGCCAGGGCGACCUAAGCUUCCUCGCCGAUACAUGAAUAAUCAUAAGAACAGAGAUCUAUUUGCGUUGAAGAACUUUGAGGUGUGAAGUGGUGUGCCCUACACGGUAUCGGCAGCCACACUUUGCAGCCGACACAUCGCAAGGACUGAAAGAAGAGUUUUUCAUCGCUACAAAUUAUGAUUGAUUUUCAUGGCUGGAAGCGUGGUUUAUCAUCUUGAAAACGUCCUGGCUCCAAAUCGACAAACUGUCGAAAACAAAGCAUACAAGACAACACUGCCAAAGUACCGCCUGACAGAGGCACUUAUCGAGUGCCUUUUUGAUCACGACAAGUACAGUACAAGGAUCGGCGUGCAGCUCCAGAAACAAUUGAUGGGACUGUACAGACUAAUCAAGGACAUGACUACGGUCACAUGAACUGUUCAAGAAUAGCGAUGAUAUAAAUUUGUUUAUUGAUAGUGCAUUUGUGAACAAAAUGAAGAAGUAUGCGCAAGUAAAAAGUGAUAUAG